CCACAUUGUGCUUGUGACAUUAAAAAACCUAGUCAUGCAUAAUUUUAUUUAAAUAUUACAUGGUGAUUUAAAUACCAUUUGUUAAUCAUUUUAUUGACUUUUUUUUUUUUUUACUGUUGGUGUGCUUUGAAACCGAUACUGCAAGUCAUUAAGGUAAAUCGUUUGUAGGUACUUAAAAUAGGCUGUGUAAGGUAUGUCAACUCAUGUGUGUAAGAUAUGUCUAAACAUAAUAAUUUGUAUGAUACGUCCAAACAUAUGUGUACGAUACGUCCAAACAUAUGUGUAUGAUACGUCUAAACAUAUGUGUAUGAUACGUCUAAAUAGUUGUGUACGAUGUGUCAAAACAUAUGUGUUAGAUAUGUCUAAAAAUAUGCGUAAAAUAUGUCCAAACAUAUGUGUAAGCUUACAUCAUGCAUACGCUUAGAUACUGCCCUUAAUUCAGUCAAAAGUGAAGAUGACUUUAUGACUUUACCACUCAAACAAUGUUGAAGACUGUUAUGUUUAAUUUAAUGAUAAUUUUGAAAAUAACUUUUUUAAAAAGAAACGCAAUUUAUUUUUUUUAAUAGAAGAAAUUUGACGUAUAUUUGUCGUAUUUUUUACGUAUAUUUAACGUAUAUUCGAAUAAUAUAAAAAAUCGUUCUUUUUAAAAAAAAAAAAUCAACUUAACCGUUUAGUCAAAGACCCAUGGUAAACUCUUGUGUGGCCAUUCUUCCACAGUUAAGUAAAGGAGAGAGGCCUAUUCGAUCCUGUCACUAUGACCACGGAGAGCACUGAACCCGACGCCCUCCACGGAUCAGCACCCCUACUAGAAGACUUCCCCCCAAGAGUCCCGAGCUCAAACUAUGAGACAAUACCUUUUGACUUUCACACGAAAACUUCAUUUGAUGCCGACGACGCUCUGAUCCAGACGAGAAGCAAACAAUACAAGUAAGCCCGUUCAGAGGCGUAGCGAGGGUGUUUGGCACCCGGGGACAAGAUUCGCGCCCGGGGACAAGAUCCAUUUUAGAGUCCCCCUUUUAAUUUUUUCAACUCUCAAGCCCAUUAUUUUCAUCAAUAAAAUAAUAGCAAAGCACAUUUUGGCCCCCUAACUAGCUGGCGCCCGGGACAUCUUUCCCCCCUGCCCCCCCUCGCUACGCCUCUGAGCCCGUCUAUGAACUGAAAACAGCAUCGAUUACGUGCAUUAUGUUUGAUAACACGAAAGCUGAAUGGCGCAAUUUAAGUCUGUGUUCCAUCUCCUUUUCUAUUUGAUCUUUGCGUGGCCAAGACAUAAGAUGUAUUUUGUUCUCUUUUUGAUCUUUGUUUGGCCAAGACACAAGUUGUAUUUUGUUUUCUAUUUAAUCUCUGUGUGGCCAAGACACAAGUUGUAUUUUGUUUUCUAUUUGAUCUUUGUGUAGCCAAGGCACAAGUUGUAUUUUGAAAGCCGUCCAGUAACCCAAAUAAGAGAGAGAGAGAGAGAGAGAGAGAGAGAGAGAGAGGAGAGAUAUAUAUAUAUAGAGAGAGAGAGAGAGAGAGUGGGGAGAGAUAUAGAGAGAGAGAUCCUACCUAAACGUAAACGAAAAGAAUAAGAAUUUAAGGAUUCACCUUCAAUCGUCUUUCAAAACUUUAAAUCAAUCGAUGUACAUCAAAUUAAAGGAAGCUUAGCCAGCUGACAUUAUUCAACAAAUAUAAUUCAGGGAAUAUAAAAAAGCAGUAUUAUGUUAUAAGAGACACAUUUGUUUUCUUUUUAAAUUAUAAGAAAAAAAAAUCACAAAUUCUCCAAUAAAAACAUAACACUUUGAUGUUCUUUCCAGAGCCCAACCUUCAGAAAAAGAUGAUGACAUCUGGAAGCGACAACCCCCAGAUUUCCGUUAUGUUGUGUACGACCCUCACCCGCCUAAACGUAACACGGUGGACGCCAUUAGACCAUGGGAGUAUGGCACCGUUCCUGGUCAAAAGGAGGUCAUUCGGAGAAACAGGUGAAUGUGUUGAUGGGUCUCUCGCCUCGGCUCUAACCAAUUCUCUUACCUCGUCUUUUACCUCGGCGCUAACCUGGUCUCUUAAUUCGUCUCUUACCUGGUCUCUUACCUCGUCUCUUACCUCGUCUCUUACCUCGUCUCUUACCUCGUUUCUUACCUCGUCUCUUACCUCGUCUCUUACCUCGUCUCUUCCUUGUCUCUUACCUCUUCUCUUACUUCGUUUCUAGCCUGGUCUAUUACCUCGUCUCUUACAUCGUUUCUUACCUCGUCUCUUACCUCGUUUCUUACUUCGUCUCUUACCUGGUCUCUUACCUGGUCCCUUACCUCGGCUUUUACCUGGUCUCUUACCUCGUCUCUUACCUAGUCUCUUACCGGGACUCUCACCGGGUCUCUUACCUGAUCUCUUACCUGGUCUCUUACCUCGUCUCUUACCUCGUCUCUUACCUCGUCUCUUACCUCGUCUCUUUACUCAUCUCUUAGCUCGUCUCUUACCUCACCCCUUACCUCGUCUCUUACCUCGUUAAAGUCCGAAACUGUCAUUAUAUAGUUUUGGGGACAUUUUGAGACAGCUCACCUUAAACGAAUAAGAACCAAAAUACAUCCUUGAGAAAGAAGAUGGUUUUUAUAUUGUGUUGUUGUGUACAACCAUAAAAAAAUGACAUGAUGACACAUGCUAUUGUCAUACACAAAUGCCAUACAUCCGCCAUCAUGCAUUCACGCACUCAAAUAACACGCACUCAAAAGGAUUAAAAAUUCUACUCGAUGUGACUAAAUGCUCAUCUGUUUCUUCCAUCAUUCCUACCUAGUUUCAUCUUACCUAGUUUCAUCUUACCUAGUUUCAUCUUACCUAGUUUCAUCUUACCUAGUUUCAUCUUACCUAGUUUCAUCUUACCUAGUUUCAUCUUACCUUGUUUCAUCUUACCUAUUUUCAUUUUACCUAGUUUCAUCUUACCUAGUUUCAUCUUACCUUGUUUCAUCUUACAUAGUUUCAUUUUACCUAGUUUCAUCUUACCUAGUUUCAUCUUACCUAGUUUCAUCUUACCUAGUUUCAUUUUACCUAGUUUCAUCUUACUUAGUUUCAUCUUACCUAGUUUCAUCUUACCCAGUUUCAUCUUCCCACUAAACUUGUCUUUGUUUCAUCUGAUAUUUUGGGUGGGGCGAGAAUGACCUUUGGGGGAUGACCGUGGGGGGGGGGGGGGGGGGGGGCACCGAGGGGGAGAGCACACACUUUGCAAUUAGUAUUUAAAUAAUAAUUAAAUGUAGUCCCUGUUUGAAACUGAAUCUAUUUCACCUCAACGCGAAUAAAUGUCCUUUCAACCACAAUCAGGUUGCGUCUUUUAAACCCAGGUCUGAAGUGGGCUCGUCGUUGAAAUGUUGGGGUUUGAAAAGGACUCGUCGUUGAAAUGUUGAGGUCUGACUGAAGGGGGUUCGUCGUUGAAAUGUUGAGGUCUGAAGGGGGCUCGUCGUUGAAAUGUUGAGGUCUGACUGAAGGGGGCUCGUCAUUGAAAUGUUGAGGUCUACUGAAGGGGGCUCGUCGUUGAAAUGUUGAGGUCUGACUGAAGGGGGCUCGUCAUUGAAAUGUUGAGGUCUACUGAAGGGGGCUCGUCAUUGAAAUGUUGAGGUCUGACGGAAGGGGGCUUGUCAUUGAAAUGUUGAGUUCUGAAGGGGGCUAUGAAAUGUUGAGGUCUGACUGAUGGGGGGUUGUCAUUGAAAUGUUGAGGUCUGAAGGGGGUUCGUCGUUGAAAUGUUGAUGUCUGACUGAAGGGGGCUCGUCAUUGAAAUGUUGAGGUCUACUGAAGGGGGCUCGUCAUUGAAAUGUUGAGGUCUGACUGAAGGGGGCUCGUCGUUGAAAUGUUGAGGUCUGAAGGGGGCCUGUAGCUGAAAUGUUGAUAGAUUUAUUUCGUUAAUUGCGUGUCCGUUCAUAUUUGUUUACCCUUGCCAGCAGGGAUGACGACAAGCUCCCUGAUAUAUUCGAUCACAAAGAACCCGAAGCCAAGUUCCACACAAUGUUCCGCACCGCCCGCCCGUUCACGGCCAAGAAGAUGUUUGUCUCGUCUGGUAUGAACAAGCCAGGAACCUACCUGAAUCCGAAACCUCACGACUUUAGACAGGUAAACAAACACGAGUAAGCUCUGGACCAGUUAUCUAACCCGUCACGGGUUUUUUCAGUUAUAUCUCCGUGGGGACAGUGCCCCCCCUCCCGGGAAAGCCAAGUGCCCCCCCUCCCGGGAAAGCCAAGUGCCCCCCGGAGCAAAAAUAUGUCCAACAAUAAAUCAAAUGGAACUGCUGGCACUGCCCUCAAAAAACCUGAAGUGGGGGGGGGUUUUUUUUUAUACUUGUGCCCCCCCCCCCCGGGACAAUUUCUGAAACCAACACUGAACCCGUGUACCCUCCCUUGGGAUAGAUGCGCAUGUGGACACUGUGAAUACAUUAGAGUACAGUACCCUUUCGUGGAUAUGUAAAUCUGGGAACUAACUUUAUAAGAAACAUGACAGCAGCUCAUAAAUUAUGAGUUGCUGCUGGUGCCAUUAGGUGAACCUGGUUGUCAAAAAAGAAUUGCCUUUACUGGUUGGCGGGAAUUACUCUAUAUAUUUAAAUUAGAUCAAGGGUUGUGAUUCGAGGCAUUUAGGGGAUAUUUAGUUGAUUCUCCAUCUCACCAGAUUGUGUUAGGAGCCGAUCAUUCAAACGACACCACCCUGAAUUAUUUACCCAUAUUCAGUGGUGGAGCGAGGGUGUUUGGCGCCCGGAGACAAGAUCCAUUUUUAGCGCCCCUUUUUCUUUUUUUCAACUCUCAAACCCAUUGUUUUCAUCAAUAAAAUAAUAUCAAAGCACAUUUUGGCGCCCGGGGACAUCUGUCCCCCCUCUGCCCCCACCACGCUACGCCUCUGCCCAUAUUUACCCUUCACUAUUCAAGCAGUUGGCUUUAACACUUUACGAGGCUUUGAUUACUCUUGCUGGUGAAAACCUGCUAAAACGUUAAUUUCUUUCGAGUUCCCUAUCUCAACCAGGUAACGAUACGAGUGCGAAUAACAGGUAAAAAUCUACGUUAUAAAUGAUAAAAUUCCAGUGGCGCCAACAAAAAAUUGGAUACUUUGUUGUGAUAAUGUCCGUCUUGUUGGAAGAUUUUUCCCCGACUGCUCUUCGGGGCUAAAAACUGAUGACGUGUCACUGUAUUGUUUCCAUCAUCUGUUGGCAGCUCCAAUUGGAAGACAAUCAAUGGGGUGCUUGAAAGGCUAAUGUGUUUACAUCAAACAAAAGCAUACGCUACAGCAGGGUGGGCAUAUUUUUUAUGCGACACAGAUUGUUAUCGCUGCCCUUAUUCCUACACACAGAGUUUUAUCGCUGCCAUUAUUCCUACACACAGAGUUGUAUCGCUGCCAUUAUUCCUACACACAGAGUUUUAUCGCUGCCAUUACUCCUACACACAGAGUUUUAUCGCUGCCAUUAUUCCUACACACAGAGUUUUAUCGCUGCCAUUAUUCCUACACACAGAGUUUUAUCGCUGCCAUUAUUCCUACACAGAGUGUUAUCGCUGCCAUUAUUCCUACACAGAGUGUUGUCGCAGUCAUUAUUUCUACACAGAGUGUUAUCGCUGCCAUUAUUUCUACAUAGUGUUAUCGCUGCCAUUAUUUCUACACAGAGUGUUAUCUAUACACAGUGUUAUCGCUGCCAUUAUUUCUACAUAAAGUGUUAUCGCUGCCAUUAUUUCUACACAGAGUGUUAUCCACACAGUGUUAUAGCUUCCAUUAUUUCAACAUAGAAUGUUAUCGCUGCCAUUAUUUCUACACAGAGUGUUAUCUACACAGUGUUAUCGCUGCCAUUAUUUCUACACAGAGUGUUAUCUACACAGUGUUAUCGCUGCCAUUAUUUCUACACAGAGUGUUAUCUACACAGUGUUAUCGCUGACAUUAUUUCUACACAGAGUGUUAUCGCUGCCAUUAUUUCUACAUAGUGUUAUCGCUGCCAUUAUUUCUACACAGAGUGUUAUCUACACAGUGUUAUCGCUGCCAUUAUUUCUACACAGAGUGUUAUCUACACAGUGUUAUCGCUGCCAUUAUUUCUACACAGAGUGUUAUCGCUGGCAUUAUUUCUACACAUCGUGUUAUCGCUGCCAUUAUUUCUACACAUAGUGUUAUCUCUUCCAUUUUUCAACACAAAGGUUUAUCUCUUCCAUUAUUCGAACACAGGGUGUUAUCGCUGCUGUUUACUGCGGAAGAGAGCUUAGAAAUACUGCCAUUUAAUUUUUGAAGUUUUAUUCAAACACUUAUGAUAUCACUGGACAUUUUCAAACACUUAUAUCACAUCACAGGACAUAUUCAAACACUUAUGAUAUCACUGGACAUUUUCAAACACUUAUAUCACAUCACAGGACAUAUUCAAACACUUAUGAUAUCACUGGACAUUUUCAAACACUUAUAUCACAUCACAGGACAUAUUCAAACACUUAUGAUAUCACUGGACAUUUUCAAACCCUUAUAUCACAUCACAGGACAUAUUCAAACACUUAUGAUAUCACUGGACAUUUUCAAACACUUAUAUCACAUCACAGGACAUAUUCAAACACUUAUGAUAUCAUUGGACAUUUUCAAACACUUAUAUCACAUCACUGGACAUAUUCAAACACUUAUGAUAUCACUGGACAUGUUCAAACACUUAUAUCACAUCACUGGACAUAUUCAAACACUUAUGAUAUCACUGGACAUUUUCAAACACUUAUAUCACAUCACUGGACAUGUUCAAACACGUAUAUCACAUCACUGGACAUGUUCAAACACUUAUAAUAUCACUGGACAUGUUCAAACACUUAUAUCACAUCACUGGACAUGUUCAAACACUUAUAAUAUCACUGGACAUGUUUCAACACUUAUGAUAUCACUGGACAUGUUCAAACACUUAUGAUAUCACGUGACCUGUUGGCUCGGCCUGAUUUGUUCAGAGGAUGCUCAGUUUAUUUUAAUUUACAUUAUUGAAGCUAGGUUUCAACAAACCAUUGCCAGCUCAGUUUGCACAAAAACAGUGUAAUAAUUUAUUUUUUUUAAUUUCAUGUGAUUAUUAUUAUUACAGAUUGACAAUUUUGCUCAAAAAAGUUAUUAUUUUUCUAUGUUUCUAAAGAUAACCAUUUUAAAAUGUGUAUAUUUUGCGGGCCUCAUGUGUCCCACGGGCCUCAGUUGUUCCAACCCCCUUGCACUUUGGACUUACUAUUGGUGUAUGAGAGUUCAAAGAGUGCUCAUUGACGUAUAGUAUACGCGUAUUCUUUGCUAAUCUUUUAACAACCGAGUAUGUUGUUAAUCUAUUUUUAGCCACAUGUUCAUUAUUGGGAUAAUCAGGCUCUUGCUUGGUCUGACGCGCUGUAGCCUGAAAUUAUAUUGCAUCGUUUUGUGUAGACAUGAGUUUUAGAAAUGAGUUUAAGACAUGAGUCUUAGAUAUGAGUUUUAAACAUGAAUUUAUGACAUGAGUCUUAGACAUGAGUUUUAGAUAUGAGUUUAAUACAAGAGUUUUACACAUGAGUUUAAGACAUGAGUCUUAGACAUGAAUUUAAAACAUGAGUUUUAGACAUGAGUUUUAGACAUGAAUUUAAGACAUGAGUCAUAGCCAUGAGUUUAAGACAUGAAUUUAAGACAUGAGUCUUAGACAUGAGUUUUAGAUAUGAGUUUAAGACAUGAGUUUUAGAUAUGAGUUUAAUACAAGAGUUUUACACAUGAGUUUAAGACAUGAGUCUUAGACAUGAAUUUAAGACAUGAGUUUUAGACAUGAGUUUAAGGCAUGAGUUAAUACAUGAGUUUAGACAUGAGUUUUACACAUGACUUUAAGACAUGAGUUUUAGAUAUGAGUUUUAUACAUGAGAUUUAGACAUGAGUUUAAGACAUGAGUUUUAGAAAUGAGUUUUAGAAAUGAGUUUAAGACAUGAGUUUAGACAAGAGUUUAGACAUGAGUUUUAGACAUGAAUAUAAGACAUGAGUUUUAGACAUGAGUUUUAGACAUGAGUUUUAGACAUGAGUUUUAUACAUGAGUUUAGACAUGAGUUUUACACAUGAGUUUAAGACAUGAGCUUUAGACAUGAGUUUAAGGCAUGAGUUUUAUACAUGAGUUUAGAGAUGAGUUUUACACAUGAGUUUAAGACAUGAGUUUUAGACAUGAGUUUAAGACAUGAGUUUUAGAAAUGAGUUUAAGGCAUGAGUUUUAGAAAUGAGUUUAAGACAUGAGUUUAGACAUGAGUUUAAGACAUGAGUUUAAGACAUGAGUUUUAGACAUGAGUUUAAUACAUGAGUUUUAGACAUGAGUUUAAGACAUGAGUUUUAGACAUGAGUUUUAGACAUGAGUUUAAGACAUGAGUUUUAGAAAUGAGUUUAAGACAUGAGUUUUUAGACAUCAAUUUUAGACAUGAGUUUUAGCAUGAGUUUUAGACAUGAAUUUAAGACAUGAGUUUAAUACAUGAAUUUAAGACAUGUUCUUUAAACAUUAGUUUUAGCAUGGGUUUUAGACAUGAGUUUAAUACAUGAGUUUAAACAUGAGUUUUAAACAUGAGUUUAAGACAUGAGUUUUAGACAUGAGUUUAAUACAUGAGUUUUAGACAUGAGUUUAGUACAUGAGUUUUAGACAUGAGUUUGAGACUUGAGUUUUAGACAUCAGUUGAAUACAUUGGUUUUAUACAUGAGUUUAAGACAUGAGUUUUAAACAAAAGUUGUAGACACGUUUUAGACAUGAGUUUAAACAUGAGUUUUAGACAUGAGUUUUAGAAAUGAGUUUAAGACGUGAGUUUAUACAUGAGUUUUAGACAUGAGUUGAAUACAUUAGUUUUAGACAUGAGUUUAAGACAUGAGUUUUAGACAUGAGUUUAAUACAUUAGUUUUAGACAUGAGUUUAAGACAUGAGUCUUAGACAAAAGAUUUAGACACAAUUUAGAUGCGAGUUUUAAACAUGAGUUUAGACAUGGGUUUUAGAUGUGGGUUUUAGACAUGAGUUUUAGACAUUUCAACAAAAUUACGUUUUUUUGUCUAAUUCAUUGAGUGAUUAUUGUACUUAAGAUGCCAUUCAAAUAUUUUUUAAUCGGUCUUAACUUGCUUAUAACUUUGUAUGAUUAUAGCUUUGUAUGAUAAUACCUUGUAUGAUUAAAACUUUGUACGAUUAUAACUUUGUAUGAUUAUAACUUUGUAUGAUUAUAUCUUAUAAGGUUAUAUAUUUGUAUGAUUUCUAAUUGAUAAGAUUAUAACUUUGCAUGAUUAGAACUUUGUACGAUUAUCCUUGAUCUACUGCUCAUUCUCUUUGCCCGUUCAUCACCAGUACCCACCUAUAAAGUCACUGGGCCUGGAUGAGUUUGUCACCAACCAUGAAAAGGAUCCGUAUGCCCUGCGGUUCAAAUCCCAGCACCUAAACAUCAGUAUGUGCCGCUCUUUCUUUUCUUAAGUUAGAAAUCCAACAUUCCACAAUUCGUCAUCAGAAUCGUUCAACAGAACAGCACAUAAUUUGUAGGGGGAAGUCCUUACGAAACAACGCAUAAUAGUUUCAGAAAUUGUUGAACAAAUUGUUUAGUUUUCAGAGCUAGAAGUUUAGGCCAGCUUUUGAAAUACAUAUGUCCUUAACAAAAAUUACAUAUAAAUAUUUAUUAAUGAAUCUUGAAAUAUCAGCUACUUUUUUUUUACCCUACAUAUGUAAACCAUUUCUAUACCAAAGACAAAUGGAGAAAUUAAACCAAAAAGUUGUCAUUAUUUUUAAAUUGUUUUUCUUUCACUCAAUGACGUCAGCCUUUUUAUAUUAAAAAAAAAAACACGUUUAGAUACUAUACUCUGUUACAAUGAUUUUAUAGCACGACCUCCAAUGUUAACUAUCGACACAUUAUUAACUUUAUAGUGUAUUUAAAAAACGAGUGAGUAGUUUGGACAAAUGUUUGUGACUCCAACGCUAUAGCACUGAAAUUCAAUAUGAGAUGACAUGCAACUCUUUCUUUUGUGAAAUAAAUUUGUUGGAGGAAUCCAUUUUUUCUCACACACCUGUUUGUAAGGCUUAGAAUUAUUAGAUCGUUAAUUGAAUAUGUUUCUCUCAAUUGCUUACUUACGUAUGCCUUUUACCCCGUCUGGGGCAUAGGCCGUCUACAAGAAUUUUUCAUUCAUCUGGGUCAUGUGUUUUUCUUUCCAGUUGUUUCAAGGUGUAUCCCAUACUCCGUGUCUGCCUCUAGCUCGCGUCUCCAUGUAUCCUUAGGUCUUCCUCUCUUUCUUUUUCCCUGUGGAUUCCACGUCAGGGAUUUCUGGUGAUGCCAUCUUUGUGUUUUCGGAGAGUAUGCCCUAUCCAACUCUAUCUUUUCUUUAUGAUGUUUUUAGCAUUAGGCUCCUGUUAUGUCUUUUCCAGUAAGUCUAUGUUGGUGAUGGUGUUUGACCAUUUGAUGUCCAGGAUCUUUCUACGGCAAGUGUUUAUAAAGGUAUUCUCCAAGUUUCGGCUCCAUGGAAUAUGACUGUUUUUACAUUUGUGUUGAAGAUUCUCACUUUGGUUUGCAGAGUCAGCUCCUUUGACUCUUAUAUUUUAUUUAAUAGCCCAAAUGCUUACCUCGCCUUUCCAAUGCAAGCCCUGACAUCUGCUUCGGAUCCACCAUUUAUGUCAAUGGUGCUGCCUUGCAUGUGAAGGCCCCCAAUUCUUCCAGUGCAUAUCCUAUCAGAGAGAUAUGCUCUUUGUUGGCUGAGAUUACCGUUAUGAUCUUUGUCUUGCUUUUAUUUAUAUUUAGUCCGAGCUGUGCUAAAAAGGUGUCUUUUCUCAAUUAAGUUACUAUAAAUUCCUCAUUGAGCUUAAAAAACUAAAUUAUAUCUUCCUAUUAAAACAUUAAGUUAAAAUCAAUUUGUUUGUCUCAUUCUCAGAUAUCUAAAAUGUUUGCUUUCAUCUCUCCCUCCUUUUCGCAAAUAAAAAAAGAUAAUAAUAGUAAUAAUAAUUUAUCUUUUUAAAUGAAGUCAGUGGCUUGCCUCGUGAGCCACCAAAGAGAGACCUAGCUCCUGGGAGACAGAUGGACAAACCGAUGUCUGGAAAGAAGAAAUGGGACGCUCAGCUGAUACUAGAUAAGGACUCUUGGCCAAAAAGAAGUGCUGCCUUCACGGUAUGUUGUUGCCCGAUAAAGUCUGAAAUUAGAAAUAACAUGCUCACGUUGAGUAUCGGUAGCGUUAGUGGGCAUUGGCUAUGUCGAUUAGUUUGAUUUGCACACCAUUUCCAUUUUUGAAUCUUCAUUUAUUUUUAUGCGAACAAAAAUCGUCGACAGUUGAAAAAUAAAUGGGUAUUUCUAAUUAAGGGGGGUUAAAUUGGUGAGUGUGGAGGACGUCGUCAUGAGGGAUGUUGGGGGUAUUUGGAGUGAGUGGGCGAAAAUUGAUUGGUAGUUGAGUGUCGUUUUUAGAAUUAAAACAUCAAUUAUUUACUUCGCUGAUGUGUACUCCUUAAUCAUCUAAACACAGUCAAUGCUGUUUUUUUUUAAUGUUAUUAUAAAAAUAUUGUUUAGUAUAUUUUUUUAAAGUCAACAAUCAAUUACGUCAAUUUUGUAAUGUAGCAAUACAUCCCGAGGUCCGUGUACUCACUAGCCCCACAGGGAUAUUUUGUUGGAUUCAAAACUUUUCAGGCUUUUUAUAUUUCACUUAGCAAAUUGUAGUUAAAUGUAAUAGAUGUUGUUUGUACCUCGACUCGCAUUUCUUGUAUUCGUCUUAUCACUGGCCAUGGUCAAGACUAACAUAAAUUAUUAAAUGAACUUAUAACACGCAAAUGCCCUUCAAAAAUGCCCGAAAAAUAUCAAACUAUUUUGUUAAACAUCAAUAUAUAAUUGUUUUCAUUUAAAUUGAUUUUUUGUAAUAAUAUAUUUUUUUAAAAGCACAGCCCAUAAAUGAAGUAUACUCGUAGGGCAAACUGGAAUAUUGUUUAUCCCAGUGAUAACACAGAAUAUUGACCAACCCUAUUGAAAAGCCUUCUUGUCCCACUGAUAAGGCAGAAUACCGACCAUCUCAAUUGAAAGACCUUUUUAAUCCCUCUGAUAAGACAGAAUACGGCCUUUUUUGUCCCACUGAUAAGACAAAUUAUUGACCAACCCAAUUGAAAGUCCUUUACCCCUCCGAAAAGACAGAACAUUGACCAACCCAAUUAAAAGGCCAUCUUUAUCCCUCUGAUAAGACAGAAUAUUGACCAACCUUAUUGAAAGGCCUUCUCUAGCCCUCUGAUAAGACAGAAUAUUGACCAAACUUAUUGAAAGGCCUUCUUUAUCGCUCUGAUAAGAGAAUAUUGACCAACCCAAAUAAACGGCCUUCUUUCUCCCACUGAUAGGACAGAAUACUGACCAACCCAAAUGAAAGACCUUCUUUGUCCCACUGAUAAGACAGAAUAUUGACCAAUCCUAUUGAAAGGCCUUCUUUAUCCGUCUGAUAGGACAGAAUACUGACCAACCCAAAUGAAAGACCUUCUUUGUCCCACUGAUAAGACGGUUUCCCUAUAUAAUUUGAAUGAUUUCAUCCCUAGCGUCAUCGCCGACGUCACAGGCAGCCGUACAGUGCCUUCAUGGAACGUGUGGAGACAGCGCUCACGACCAGGUGGUCCAUGGAACAGAUGGACAAAGCCCUGCAGGCAUGUUCCUAACACGCCACCACCAAAGUAUUAUUUGGAAACUACGAUCUCAAACGGACAUUUGCAUAAUUAGAUUUUCGACUUGCAUCACUGUGUGAAAAAGGAGAACUGAAUUCUACACUACAUUAUUUGCUUUUUAAAAUGCCCAUUAUCAUUUUUGUUUGAAGUUAGAUUUUCUGCUGUCUUGUGAAACUUUUAAAAAUUCAACAUAAAAUUUAUGUUAGAAUCUAAUUGACUGUUUUAUUUUAAAAUUGUAUUUUAUAAAAUUAUAACUGACUCACAAUGAAAACCUUGUUUUUAAAGCAUAGAUUGUUGGGGUUGUGGACCCGCCCUUCCAACCCCCAUUGCAUGAUUCCUUCACAAAGUUGGACUUGUAAUCAUUGAAAUAUCCUCAUCAGCACCAGGCACGGAAACAUUGCAAAUCCCCUCUACGUGCUUAGGAGCCAAAAUGACCAAUAAAUUGAUCGUGGGCCCUUAAGAUAUAGAAGAGGAAGAAGAAGAAAUCCAAAGCGGCCCUACCCGACAUUUUUUUUUUUUAAUUUCCUGGGGACGGGGGAUUUUUGUAGCCAAGUUCACAAGUCACUUUACAAUGAGACAGACAACCUUACAGUGAGACAGAUAACCUUACAGUGAGGCAGAUAACCUUACAGUGAGACAGAUAACCUUACAGUGAGGCAGAUAACCUUACAAAGAGACAGAUAACCUUACAAUGAGACAAAAACUUACAUUGAGAAAGACAACCUUACAACGAGACAGAUAAUCUUACAAUGUUGAAUGCAAAAUGUAAUUUACAUUUAAUUUAUUUCUUUUUUUUUAGAUUAAACACGUUUAGAGUUUAAAAAGUUGUAAAGCAAAAAGAGUUCUAAAGCAAAUAAAGAUAGUGUGUUGCCAACUUUUGUUUAAAUAUGUUUAAUGCUUUGUCUUCAGGUGUCGUUUUGUGGUCGAGUGGUAAAAGCUUGUCGUUCAUAUGCACCGGAGUUCAAUCCAGGGUUUCUUUCAGCUAUAUCUACGGGGGAGGGGGGGCACUGCACUGCCCCCCCCCCCGGGAAAGCUAAGUGCCCCCCCCCGAGGAAAAAUAUGUCAAACAAU